CCUUAAACUAAGAUAUAGUUUUCCUGUAAUAUGCACUUAGGAUAUCCACGUUUACUAGUAUCCUUAAACUCCUGGUGUUUUAAAGAUGCAACUUUUCAUAUUCUCUUGUGCCUUUUCAUGGUAAUUAUAUUAUAACACUUUCACUUUGGAAGUGGGGUAACUUUUGUUCCUUUCUUUGCCUUCCACACAGGUUUGAGAUGUUUUCGUUAUUUUUUCUUUUGUUUUUAAGCUGAACUAGGCAGUGGCUCGAUGGUGGCUCCCUCAAUAUGCACAUUGUUUCUCAAUUUCAGAGCUUCAGUUAAUGAACCAAACUCUUUCCUCUAUUUCUUAUGUGCAGGCAAUGCUUUCUGGUGAACCAACUAUUGUUGAUGCUGUUGCUGCUCUGCUGAAAGCUAUAGUUACUAGGAACCCAAAAGCAAUGAUCCGACUAUACAGUACAGGCGCAUUUUCUUUUGCUCUGGCUUACCCUGGUUCUAAUCUUCUUUCAAUUGCCCAACUCUUCUCAGCGACUCAUGUUUAUCAAGCUUUUCAUGGUGGUGAGGAAGCUGCAGUUUCCUCUUCUCUACCUUUGGCGAAACGAAGUGUUUUGGGCAGCCUCUUACCUGAGUCAUUGCUUUAUGUACUGGAACGUAGCGGCCCAGUUGCUUUUGCCGCAACAAUGGUUUCUGAUUCUGACACUCCUGAUAUUUUGGACACACAAGAUGCGAGCAGAAAAUCUGAUCCGUCAGGUUCUUCAGCAUCUUGGUGAUUUCCCUCAGAAAUUGUCACAGCAUUGUCAUUCCUUAUAUGACUAUGCUCCAGUGCCACCAGUGACAUCCAGAGCUGAAAGAUGAAAUGUGGUGUCAUCGUUAUUAUCUUCGAAACUUAUGUGAUGAAAUUAGAUUUCCUAGCCUAUUGUUGAACAUGUUGAGUUUUUGCAAUCAUUGCUAGUAAUGUGGAGAGAAGAGUUAACUCGAACGCCAAUGGACCUUUCUUAAGAAGAAGCUUGCAAGAUACUAGAGAUUUCCAUUGAUGAAGUAUCCAGA